ACGUGCUCAAAUUCUCCGCUACAAUUGUUCAAGCACUCGUGGAGGAACAACACGUCAAGAAGUGGACCCAUCUCCAUCCAUGAUUCAGUGCUAAUUUCAAGGAUCGGCAUGUUGUUUCGUGAAUACCUGACUCACUGUUGAGCAUCCCGCAAGCUCUGGGGUUCUACAUAGAAAAAAACGUGCGUGAUAAGACAAUCAGCUCUUGGCGAUCAUUUGCGUUGAAACGAAGAAUGAAUAUGAUUGAUCUUAUCCGUCUCCAUUCAGGAGUGACAAUGCACCCUAACUGCUGCAAGAUGCAGAGUGAGUUUUGAGUCCGUGAGCAUUCAUUAGCUGGUCAUCUUGAUUGUGUCAUCUAUCCUCCGGCCCCCCAACAACGAACGAAGUGCCCCCCCCGUCUAUUCAAGGAUGAUUCCAUUCUCAAAGUCGAGGGACAGAUAAAUAAAAACGCACGUUCAAAGAGAUCUUUAGGGUUCGUCGUCCGUACAACAAGAUCAAGAACUUGUCCGCGCACCGCUUCAUGAAUCCAGGACCUCUUUCUCCUCGAAUAUGAGACGAUCACUCGCUCACCCCCGGGGAAUUGUUUCUGGCGUGAGUUCCAAUUACCCAAGGACACUUCAGGUCAUGGUUACCAUCCAUGGUCUUUGCAUCGCGUUCUUGGCCAUCUCAGUCUCCAGCAUUCGAGGCAAUUUCGUGCCCAAUGUGAAAUCCGAGGUGGAAGCUUGUCUCCAUUUGCCAAAUCCGCUCUCCGAAUCGUGCAUUUGCUCGGAAUUGGAGCCAGGCCCAAAUGGAGAUGAGGGAGGUGUGGAAUUGGCCUGCAAGAGGCUUAACAGCACAGACACUUUUAAUUUGGAUUCGAGCUCUCAACCGGAAGAAGUGGAGACCAACGAUAUCAACGAUAUCCAUUCAAACAGAGCUCAGAAUUUCCACGAGCUGCUCCGGCAGAACUUGAAAGAGAUCCUCAUUCGUGACAGUGAUUUGAAGGUCUUGAAAUUGUCAGAUUUUAGUGUUUAUCCGAACUUGAGGAAGCUGUCUGUUGUCCAAUCAAGUGUGAUGAAAGUUGAUAAUUCUGUGCUUUUGCCCAAUCUCGUCACCCUAGACUUGUCCGGGAACAAAUUGCGCUUCUUUGCUCUUGAUUUCCAACGCUUACCGCGGCUUCAAGGCCUUAAUUUAAGCCACAAUGCAAUCCAAGAUAUGGAGCCCAAAUGGCAUGAGACAAGGCUGAUCACUCUCGAUCUCUCCUCGAACCACUUCGAUGAGGACAUCAAACCGCAGAUCUUCACCAGUCUUCCUGCCACAUUGCAAAGUCUAGAUAUUUCCGAUAAUGAGUGGAUAUGUGCGCCCAAAUUGUCAUGGGUGCACAGUUGGUCGGAGCCUUUUCUGAAGGCCGCCAUCUUGAAGAAUGUGUCAGGCACGCGGUGCCGCUAUAUGGACUCCAAAUACGAUGGGCAAUUGUUCUUAGUUAUGGAGUACUACUCCAAGUAUGUGAUUCCGUCUUGCCCCACCAAGGAUAAUUGCUCAUGUGCCCUUACCUCGGUCCAGGAGAAAUUGGUCCAUGCGAGGGAACGCUUUUACUCCGUGGAAGUCAGCUGUGUUGGAGGCGGAUUAUCUCAUUUCCCCAAACUGCCGAAGCACACGCGAACCGUGGAUUUGUCCCAAAACAAGCUUAACAGCAGAUCUUUUUCGUUCCUGAAAGUCGAGGAGCAUAAUUACAAGGAUGUGGACAAUCUCACAUUAGACAAGAACCGGCUCCAGACUUUGCCUGAAAAACUUUUGGACAUGAAACUUGGACUCAGUUUCAGUGCCAAGUAUAACAAUCUCACAAGUAUUCCUUAUGACUUCUCUCAACGUUUAAUGAAAACUACGGCUGUGAUAAAAAUGUCAAACAAUCCAUGGACAUGCACUUGUACGAGUGAAGUCACUGAUCUGAAUCUGCUAGUCAAAAUUCGAGAUCGAGACGAGAUGACCUGUGGCCCGGCUUCCGAUAUACAAUUAAAAUCCAAACAGAUUACUUUGUUAAGCCCCGAGAUGCUUUGUCCUCCGGAGACCACUGGAGAAUUCCAAGAGCUGCUUCUUCAGGUUUUGUGCGUGAUUCUGGCUCUUCUCAUCGUCUUGGUGUUGGCCAGACUGGCUUAUGAUUAUUGGAUUUACAGGACCAAAGGACAACUACCUUGGUUGGCCCUCAAAAUGCAUUAGAAGACUUGAAGCAAAGGAGUACCUCGAAUCAACAUAAAAGAAAGAAAAA